GCGGCGCAGGGCGAGCUGCCGGCCUUGGUUGCUGUAACGAGAGCGAUGAUCGCCGUGCUCCCGGCUGCGGGCAAGGCAGCGGCGGCGCUCGUGGUGGCGGCCGAUGUCGCGUCGCGGCUCCAGCGGUCCGUCCCCGCCUGGACGAUCGGCAGCGACGCCGAGGAGGUCGCGGAAGCUGUGCGCAAGGUCGCUGGCGAUGCGUCCUUCUGGCCGACGCCGUGGCUCGGCGGUCUCUUCAGUGGGCACCUGCAGACGAUCUGGUACGGCCUCAACAUCUUCUCGCCUCAGAUCGCGCACCGCGAAGAUGUGUGGCGCACCGCAGACGGCGGCACGCUCGCGCUCGCGUGGCCUGACGUGCCGGCCUCCGUCGCAGCCGACGCGCCCAUCGUCCUCAUCCUGCCGGGGCUCUGCGGGAGCAUUGCGGGCACGGCGCACACGCUGCGCGCCAUGAUCUCGCAGGGCCUGCGGCCGGUGGUGCUGCACGCUAGGGGCUGCGGCAGGCCGCUCACCUCGCCGCGCUUCAGCCUGUUUGGGUCGACCGAGGACCUGCGCGAGGCGCUGAUGCGCAUCCUCACGCAGCGGCCGGGCGCGAGGCUCCUGCUGCACAGCAUCUCAGCCGGCACAGCGCUCAUGGUGCGGUACCUCGGAGAGGAGGGCGCGGCCACGCCGGUCGCCGCUGCCUUUGCCAACUGCCCUGGCUACGACAUCUCUGUCUGCCUCUCCCGCUGCGGCGCGCUGUACGAUUCGGCCUUCUACAUCGGCGUCCUGAAGCGGCACUGGCUGCGCGGUCAGAACGGCGCCGUGCUGCGCCGCGCCGCCCCGGAGGUGUGCCGCCGCAUGGAGGAGAGCAGGGACAUGCACAGCUUCAUGGUUGCCGCCUCGCCGUUCGCAGCCGCGCCAGAGGCGCCGCCAAAGGAGGGGCUGGGCUCGCCCGCCUCCGUCAUCGGACGCGGGAUUGGCAGCGCGUUUGCAGCCUACCUGAGCCGCUGCAACCCGAUGGGCGUGCCGAUCCUGAUCUUGAACGCUGACGACGACCCGGUCUGCAAACCCCGCAACGUCGACGACAACGCGCCGGCGCUGCUAGGCGGUCGCUCUUGCCCGAGGGCCGUGCUGCUCCGCUACGGCAAGGGAGGCCACUGCUGCUUCGCCCGAGGCCUGACGGCCGCCCGGUGGGCCGACCAGCUCAGCGCGGCCUUCUUAGCGGAGGCGACGACCGGCGCAGCGCUGGACGAGUGA